AUGGCAUGUCCCGAUGAGGAUGUUGUCAACUGUGUUAUGUUCCAAGAGCUCGAAGCACUUGCAGCACUCCAAGGCAUCACGCGAGAAGAGCUCUACGUGGAGGAACCUCCCACUGCGCUGAAUGCUUCUCCCUCGGUGCGGGUGCGUUGGCGCCAGGAGGACGUCCAGAAGAUUUGUGAGAGGUCCGUGCUGGUGAAGGCCGUGUUGGAAGUCUGGGCUCUCGGUUCCAGCUGCAGCGAGGCACGGCGAUGGUGGCAUGUGUAA